CAGACGAUAACAUGGAGACCUGGCCUCUACAUGAAAACAAGGCACACUGCCUAACAACAAUUUAUUAUUGAAUGGCGUCGAGAGUUGGUUGGGACUGUGGCUGGAAAUAAAAGCUUCCAAUAUGGUGAAUUUACGCGCGAAAUGUCUUGUUUGUGGUGACACAACUGUAGGGAAAACAGCGCUUGUCCAAUCAUUUUACAGUGAUGGAACUCAAUAUCCAAAGAAUUACCUCAUGACUACAGGUGUUGAUUUGCAUGUAAAGUCAGUUCCAAUACCAGAGACUAUGGAUACUGUUGAGUUGUUUCUGUAUGAUAUUGCUGGAAAAGAAUUGUUUUAUGACCAAGUUGAAAACCAUUUGGAUGAAGCGGCUACUUUGAUGAUAGUCUAUGACGUCACAAAUGAUGCAUCAUUCACCAGUUGCAAGAACUGGAUAAAAAAUGUGCGCAAUAAAAACCCAGAUGCAAAACUACCUUCCGUUCUUGUUGCAAACAAAGUUGACUUGCAAGAGAGAAGGGUCAUUACUUCUGAUCAAGGAAAGCAACUUGCUAAAACAGAGGGAAUGGAAUAUUUCGAAACGUCUGCGAAAGAACUAAAAGACAUCGAGACACCUUUCUUACACCUGGCAGUGUCAUUUCACGCCAUGUAUCAGGAGAAAAUAGAGGAUCUGAAUCAGCAGCAUUGAAAGAAUAUCGACUAUUUAUUAUAAAGUUAGGUAAGUAGGUAGCGUAAUGACGUUCCCGAAUAUUAAGAAGCAUAGCAUGAAAUAUUCCAAGGGUUCCUCUUAGACAUCGAGAAGGGCAUUGGGUAUGGGCCUUUUAUCAGUGCCUGCAUUGCACCAUACAAUGAUUUUGAGCAGAGGUAUUUGCACCUCAACUAAUUUCUCUUUGCCUACCAUUUACCAUUUUCUCAUUUUGGUCCAUUGCCUCCAUCCUUAAUGACCUCUUUGGUAAAUUAAUCUAGCAAAUAUUCAUAAAAAAGAAAUUCAUAGGGAUGAACUGUACUCUAUCCUCAUAUUUGGAAACUUGAAAAGCUUUUUCGGUACUGCAAAAUUUGAUCAUAGCACGAUGUCUUGCAUAAGUAACACAAAACUAGCUCUGCCAAUAGUGAGCUAGAUCUCUAUUGCACAGGGGAAUCUUUUAGCAAAUUACACCAGUAACUUUUACUCACUUUUAGCUCUAUUUGAAGUUUCUAGUUCGGUCUAUUUGAAAAUUGUUCUCUAGUUUCCCCUUGCUUUCGGUCACGUCCUUUAAAAUCAAGUAGGCUAAGUCGUGCACAAGUAUUUCAAACUUCUCUUAAUUCCAAUUAUGAGCCUCUUUAUCGCACAAAACGAUCCUUGUCGCGCGUCAUAUCUUGUAAACUAAUUUAUGCGAUUUAGUUCAUAGCCUAGUCAUAUUCCUGUAAAUUUUAAGAGUUCGUAGAAAGGCAUUUCCUUAGACAAUGUAAAAAUUAGAAAUUUCCCUGGAAUUAAAAAAUUGUAAAAAAUGUCUGCCAUCUUUCAAUCAAUUACUUCCAGACUUCUUCAAGAUCUCAUCAAUCAUACUAUUGAAAAGCGAACAAAUCUUAAGGAGAUCCAUGCCUCGAUGAAAACUUCUUGUAAUAAUUACUGCAUCCUUUAACCAGUGUCACCUGUGGAAGACUCGCCCACCGGUCGGUUAAGUCGCAAACAUACUCUUUUAGGUCAUAAAACUCUGUCGUUAAAUGUUAUCCUUUUCUGAUCAGAUAAAGAAUUAGUUCAUAUAUAUUUUUAAUCAUUCAUAGUGUACAUUUGCCGUUAACACGCAGACUGGUCCAUGAGUCCUAGCUUUGUAAGAGGUUACCUUAAACAAAGCAUUUUGAGGGGUAGACCCUAGAAUGUUCAUGCUUCGUUGGCUUUCCGCAAACCAAUCGUCCUCCUAAACAGUAAAAUAUAGUAUACAAGACUGACUGGAGUCGGAGACAAAUUUGCCAAUGUGUUUCUAGAGCUGAAAAAACCAGAGUCGCGACUUACAGUUACAUAUUUUGCUAAAGAAUAAGACUCUUGAGAAGCGGGCUUUAUAAAAUCAUUCUGUGGGAUAUAUUUGCGAUAAAUAAACUUAGCUUUUCUCUAAAAGUAUGUGAAGUUGGCAUAUAACUUUCUUAGUUCGCCAUUGCUAAUUAGCGUUUCUGAGUCAGACUGCCACUAAGGGCCACGUCAUUAAAAUUUAACACGAUUUCUUCCGUAAGAACUUAACUUGUAUGAAUGCUCAUCUCAUCUCGGUUACCCCAGCUCUAUCAAUCAUUGGAAGGGUUGUCUCUCACAUUGUCUCUAUACGUCAUCAUCAAUUGUUUGCUGUGAAUUGUAGUAGUUAAAACUUGAUCCAAUUUGACUUCAAAAGCUCAUUAUGACAAGAAACUUUCUUCCUGUUUUGAAGUAAUUGUAGAAACAUGAGAUAAAAAGACCAAAUCAUUUAACAUCAAACUUGUAGUAGAUUUCAUAGCCUUUUCUUAGGAUUAUCAGCUUGGGUUAAGCUUUUUAUUCUCAGCAGGCUAAUAUAGUAUUUUGGGGCGUUAAAAGAGUCUGGUUAGGCCUUGUGUAGUUGAUAGUCAUAAAAAGCUUUUUGUUCUAUGGGCCUUGCUCGUUUCGUCUGCUUUAAUUGAUGGACGUAAUACCCAAUAAAACAUUUUAAAAUCAUUCAAAAAUACGUUAACACACCACUAAAGAAUGGAAACAUUGAGCUGACCAAUAUCUCCUUAAGCCUUUUAGUGUUGUUUCAUUUUUAUUAUUUUAUACCGUUUUAGACGAUUCUAACACAACAAUCUUCUUUCGGAUUAAGCGAUUCGGAGCCAUGGCUAAUUGGAUUCACUUUCCCGCAUAUCCCUCAGUUUUUUCCCUUUUGUGUUGUUAGUGUUUAUAAGCCAGGCAAUCAGAUACUUCGUUGUUAAUCGUCGUAUGCACUUCAAAGUUAGGGACGCAAAGAGGAAAGGCACAAUGUUUAAAAUAAUUGACAGUCUACCUUGAAGAGUUUUAAUGGCCAUUACCAAAAAGGUACUUUUGUCAGUGCCGUCGGAACGAAAUUCAUAUUGGGGGGAGGGGGCUGCCCAUUGUAUUGCUUCCCUUUCAGUACACUGUUAGAAAGGAAAUAUACUGCAGUUUGACAAUUAUUGGGGGGCUCCAGCCCCCAGCCCCCAAUGGCCCUGUUUGUUCAUGUCCAAAAGCAGUUAGUUGCCCCCUUCCCUAUUUUCAGUUAAGUUCAGUUCAGUUUUAUAUUUUAAAAUCCCUCUACAUACAGUAUCUUUUUAUUCUACAUUACAAAUGAUUACAUACAAUGUUAACACAUUACAUAAGAUACUCAAUAACAAUAAAUAGCGAUUACAUAAGAUGUUGUUUGUAGGGGAAUUUCUUUAGGAGGAGCUCUCUCAGUAGAUAAACUAAUCGAGGAGAGAGCACCCUCUUUUCUAGGACAUGAAUGACAGAACUAUAAAUUUUGCUUCAAAAUCAAUUUGAUAGCUCUUGUUGAAUGAAAAGGUUUGAGAAAAACUGACAACAGACAAUGAUAUUUUUGUAUCUACUGAGAUAUUGUUCCAAGAUUUAGCACCAAGGAAAGGUACAGACCUGAUACCAUAUUGUAGAGUAUUUUUCCGUAUUACGAAAAUGUAAUUUUUUUGUGGCUUGCCGUGUACCAUAUUGAUGAGUAUUUGACACAGAUUUAAAAAAGUUGUGAAAGCAGCUCGGUGAGUUCUUAUUGACAGAAUCAUAAACAAAGCAAAGCAAUUUUAACUGGAAGAGAUCUUAAAGCUUCAAAAUCUUCAAGUUUAAAUGAUCAUAUUUUCGAUGAUCAUGCAGAGAUAAAAAUUUGCCUGUACAGUAAAAUCAACAUCUAUGGGCCGUCCAAAACAAUAGGCAAAUAAUUUUGUUCAAAACUCUUACAACAAAUGUAAACUCAAUGCCUAACACUCCCUCCACACUCUUUUUAUAAGAAUAUUUUGAUAAGAAUAUUCAGGCUCAGAAUCAUCCAAUUUCUAAGAAUAUCAUAAGAAUAUUGCUUAUCCUCAGUUCGCACAUUUGUGUCUCAUUUUCAACAGUGGCCUGUUUUGCUAUUUUAAUAACAGGAAAUCUUAAAACAGACUUCUCUCGUUUUCUAAAAAACG